AUGAAGAAAUUGGUUGAAGAUUUGGGUUUACCCGUGAUUAGAAUCGAUGUAUGUAGUGAUGGUUGCAUGCUUUAUUGGGGAGUAGAUAUUGAUAAACAAUCAUGCAGGUUUUGUAAUCUUUCUAGAUUCAAAGACAAUUCUCGUAAGACGAAGCCCCAUAAACAACUAUUUUAUUUACCACUUGCUCCUAUGUUGCAAAGAUUGUACGCAUCGAAUAUGACCGCCGCUCACAUGACAUGGCAUGGUGGUCAUGUUAACAAACUUGGGAUCAUGUGUCAUCCUUCUAACGGAGAGGCUUUGAAGAGGUUUGAUCAUCAUUAUCCAAUAUUUGCACUCGAGCAAAGAAAUGUUCGACUUGGCCUUUGUUCAGAUGGAUUUGCUCCUUUCGGACAGUUUGGAAAAUCAUAUUCAUGCUGGCCAGUAAUUCUAACACCCUACAAUCUACCACCGGGUAUGUGCAUGAAGUCACCGUAUAUGUUUAUUUCACUAAUUAUUCCAGGACCAAAAAGUCCACAAAGAAAUAUUGAUAUUUUUCUUCAACCAUUGAUAGAAGAGUUACAAAUGCUGUGGAAUGUUGGUGUUCCUACCUAUGAUGUUUCCCGGGAUGAAACAUUUAACAUGAAGGCAAUGUUGUUGUGGACUAUUAGUGAUUUUCCUGCUUAUAGAAUGUUGUCGGGUUGGAGUACUCAUGGACUUGAUGGUUGUCCAAUAUACAAUUUUUGCCGUCGGAUCAUCCUUACAGAAAUGAAAGACCGGGUGGAAAAAACUCUUCAUCCCCAUAUAAAAGAUGGAAAUGAAAUAUGGUCUGAAUUUUCACAUUACAAGCUUGCAAGUGAAUCUCCCAACGAUUAUCCUCAUGGAUUUAGUGAUCAUCACAAGUGGACUAAGAGAAGUAUCUUCUGGGAGCUUCCGUAUUGGUCAAAACUUCUAAUUCGACACAACUUGGAUUUUAUGCAUAUUGAAAAGAAUGUGUUUGAAAAUAUUAUAAAUACCAUUAUGAAUGUGAAGGCUAAGACGAAUGACAACCUUAACGCUAGGAAGAAUAUGUUUCUUGUUUGCAAUCGUCUAGAGCUACAUGUUGAUCUUGAUACAUUGUCUCGUAAGCCUAAGAAGGCUUCUUAUACUUUGACGAGGGAAGAAAAUAUCUUAAUUUGUAAAUGGCUGAAGACGUUGAAAUUCCCAGAUGGUUAUGUUUCCAAUUUGUCAAGAUGUGUUGACACAACCGAAUCUAGGUUUCUAAAGAGUGUAAAGAAUAAGAUGAAAAGCAAGGCUAGAAUUGAAACAUCUAUAUGCAAUGCCUAUAUUCUUGAAGAAAUAUCAACAUUUGCUUCGUAUUAUUUUGAAUCGAAUGUUUUACAAGAACAAAGAAGGGAUCAGCUUGACAAAGAAUUAACAUAUUUCAUAUCAUUUGGUCCAAAGACUCCAGCAUCUAGAUAUUCAACGUAUUUCUUUAAUGGAUAUGUGUGGAGAGCUGGUGAUUUUGGAUCUAAUAAAUCAACCAUGAAUAGUGGUAUUUGCGUUCAUGCAAAUGAUUCUGAUUACUAUGGACUUUUGGAGGAGAUUAUUGAAUUAGAAUACUAUGGUCCAUGUUUACAUGUGGUUCUAUUUAAAUGUUUUUGGUUUGAUCCUAUUAGAGGUACUAGAGUUAAUGAAACAUAUAGAUUGAUUGACGUGAACAUGAGACAUAUAUAUACUAAGUACGACCCAUUUGUUCUUGCUCAACUAGCUAUACAAGUUUACUAUUCGAACUAUCCAACCACAACGAAUGAUCGUGAUUCUGGAUGGAUGGCCGUUUGCAAAACAAAAGUAAGAGAAAAUAUAGAGAAAAUAUGGACAAAUGAAGUGGUGUAUCAACAAGAGUAUCCUACCAUAGAAUUAUAUAUUGCCCUUCAUAUUCCCUUACAUGAUGUGAACGAUUUGAGUGAUCCCAAUGUUAUUCAUGGUGAGUUAGAUGGAUUUGAUGAAACUGAAUUGAUUGAAAGUGCUUCGGAGGAAAGUGAUCAUCUACAAACCGAUUCGAAUAAUAGUACAAAUGGAGAUGAUGAAGAUUUAGAAGGGGAAGAACAAUCAGGAGAUGAUAUAUUUUGA